UGCGAGUCUGACAGUCCUUUAUUACCACUUGCAGGUCAGGUCAGGUUUGGUUAGGUAUUUACACUACGAAUUGACGAACCUUUUUGCUCCGGAUCGCACGUUGAGACCACAGACGUGCACGCCCGCGACGUGACAAAAAUUGUUCAACUCCAACAGGAAGGGAUGCCAUGAUUAUUGCUCUGGGGACAGCUUCAUUUGCAGAAUGUUAGACCCUCUAACCAUGCCACAGCUUGCUUGACCAAUCGCUGCCAUGAAGAUGAAGCUGAAGCUGUCAGCCUCGGUCUCAGAGGCGACGCCGGCGAACCCUCGCCAGCUUCGUCUCACCUUCCACGCCGUGUCUUGUCGCCGAUCAGUCGGCCAUCUCGCUCACGCCCAGCAACAACAAUUACGAGCCAGGCUACGCGGUGGCGCCUGCUUCCUGCAUCUGUCACCUUCGCGCAUCGCCUUCUUGCCUCGCCAAGCAAGCCGCCAUGGAUUCUUCUCGUCGCGCCAAGAGAAAGAGCCCGGCGGCUCCAAGUCACCGGCUUCCAAAACGAUAUCGGUGAUAGUCAUCGCCGCGUUGCUUACAUAUUCCCUCUACCCAACUGAUGGUAAUGUGCAGUCCAAUCUGAAGCCUACGGCCGACGGGCGCCUGGGAUCCUCCUCCUCGCCGUCGCCCGCCGACGCUGCCAGCGAAGAGACGGGCCAAGGCCCUUGGUCCAGUUUCACUAGCAGCUUCGAGGGCAUCUCAUUCACAAGCCAGCUCGACGCUGCGAGGCUCUCAGACAGGGUUGUCGACAUGCUUCUGCCGGAAUGGUCCAAAAGCAUUCCCGCCUAUGUCAGGAAACUCCAGCGCGAGCUGAACAUGGCCCCGGGCUCGUUGGCACAGGAGAUCUGGCAGGAAGCCUCGGACCCCUCCAUUCAUCCCGAAGUCCAGUACGCUGCAAAAGUCCGCGUGUCAGAGCAUCUCUGCGACGACGAAAAGACAUUUCUCGAGCGCCGUAGAAAGGUCAUUGCUCCUGCCUUGGCUAGAUACCUAGGCGUCCAGGAAGAUAAUAUUCAUCCUGACGAUGUCCCUGUCAUUGCAAUGUGCGGCUCGGGUGGCGGCUUGCGUGCCCUUGUUGCUGGAACCGGCUCGCUGAUGGCCUCGACCGAGGACGGUCUCCUCGACUGUGCCACAUACACGUCAGGUGUGAGUGGCUCAUGCUGGCUCCAGUCCAUCGUUUACUCGUCCAUCGCGAAAGGAGACUUGCAACGCGCUGCCGACCACCUGAAAGCGCGCCUCGGAAUCCACAUCGCAUAUCCUCCCGCCGCCUUUUCGUCCCUAAUCUCUGCGCCAACGAACAAGUAUCUCUUGAGCGGCAUGGUAGAGAAGCUCAAAGGCGACCCAGGCGCAAACUUUGGCUUAGUCGAUGUCUAUGGCGUCUUGCUCGCUUCAAGACUUCUAGUCCCCAAGGGAGAGCUUGGCGUCAAUGAAAAGGACUUCAAACUGUCAAACCAGCAAGAAUAUGUUCGAUAUGGCCAGAACCCGUUACCUAUCUAUACCGCUGUGCGCCAUGAGAUUCCAGAAGUCGACCCAUCAGGCUCCAAAGCGCCGGGUACUGCUUCGGAAGAGGCUAAGGAGACGGCUAAAAAAGAGGGCUGGUUUCAAUGGUUCGAGGUAACACCUUAUGAGUUCUUCUGCGAGGAGUUCACAGCCGGGAUCCCGACCUGGGCCAUGGGGAGGAAAUUCAAAAACGGCUUGGACCAGCCGACAGACGAGGGCCUUCGACUCCCUGAAGUCCGCAUGCCCUUCCUUUUGGGCAUCUGGGGCAGUGCAUUCUGUGCGACGCUGAGCCACUACUAUCGCGAGGUCCGGCCCUUGAUUCAGAGCCUCAGUGGCUUUCAGGCCGUUGAUGACCUCAUUUGGGGUCGCAACAAGGAUCUUAGCAAGGUUCAUCCAAUCGAUCCCGCCAGUAUUCCAAAUUUUGCCUACGGAAUGAAAGACGGGCUCCCGCAGACCGUCCCUCCCUCGAUCUACGGCAGCGAGUACAUCCAGCUCAUGGACGCUGGCAUGUCGAACAAUCUGCCCAUUUACCCACUGCUGAGGCCGGGGCGAGAUGUCGAGAUCAUCGUGGCGUUUGAUGCCUCUGCCGACAUCAAGACAGACAACUGGCUCUCAGUCGUCGAGGGAUAUGCCCGCCAGAGGGGGAUCAAAGGCUGGCCAAUCGGAGCCGGAUGGCCAAAGGAGUCGGAAUCGCCGUCGUCCGUCGUCGACGAGCUCGACGAAGCUGCUUCGGUCUCUAGCGCAGACGCCGAGAAAAAGCUGAGCGAGGCCAAGGCGGACCAGGCGACCCGGUGUGAGGAGGGCCGGGCGCCCGGCACGAACAAGGCAGAAGAGCUAAAGCAGGCCGAGAAGACGGCCCGCGAGCUGGGCUACUGCACGGUCUGGGUAGGCACCACGCAGGAGCGUGAGUCGUCGGACCCGCCGCCGCCGCCAAUCGACGACGUCAGCUCGUGGAAGCUGACCGAGCCCGACGCCGGCAUCGCGCUUGUGUACCUGCCCUUCCUCGCCAACCCCAAGGCGCUCGUCACGAGCGUCGAUAGCGCCGGCAACCACGCCGUCGUCGACCCCGCCGUCAGCGAAUACCUCAGCACUUGGAAUUUCGUGUACACGCCCGAGCAGAUCGACGACGUCGUUGCCCUUGCCCGCGCCAACUACGACGAGGGUCGCGAGCAGAUCCGCGCUACGGUCCGCGGCGUCUACGAGCGCAAGAAGAAGAAGCGCCUCGAGCGCGAGCGCGCCAUGGCUAAGCAAGAACGCUACCGCCGCCUCAUCCGCCUCGGCAUGGGCCAUAAGCUAGGCCACGACGACGAUGACGACGACGACGACGCUUGAUCAAAUUGGCUACUGAUUGAGAUCGAGGGGUGUUU